AAUUAACUGGCCUAGAACUCUGCUCGUACGUUGUGUUGUGUGUGAUUAUUGUAGUUUUUUUUUCUUCAGGGAUUUGUAUUCACUAAAAUUAAAACUAAAACAACUAAACAAUAAUACAAACAAAAGAGAAACUAACCGAGAAAAGCAAAAGAAUUUUUUUUUACUAAAAUCACACAGAAAUCUUAUGUCUAAAAAUCAAAUUUUUAUCUAAAUGUGCAAAUAAAAAACAUCAUUGUCAUUCGAUUUUUUUUUGGUAACGGUAAAAAUAAUAACUAAAAGGAGUAACAACGCAGUAGCAGCAGCAAAAACAUCCAACAUACUAAUUAGUAGCAGUAGAUCAACACCAACAAAAACAAAUAUUUAAAAUUAGAUCAACAAGAAAACUACAGCACCUUUUUUAUACCAAUUUUUUUAUAAUUUUUAAGUUAUAUUAAAACAAAAGAAAAAUAUAACUUAAACACAUACAAAAAUAAAAAAUAACAUCUUCGUUUAUAACGGAGCAAAUAAAAUAAAAAAACUAAAAAAAGGGAAAUAUUUUGACGUGACGUUUUUUACCAUCAAACUCCAUAAUCAUCUCAAAUAUCAAUCACAUAGACAUUAAUGAGCAGCCUGGGUGUGCUGGUGCGUUUCGAAUAAAAAAAUUCAAAACAAAAAUUGAAACCAAAAAACUUAUUGUGGCAUUUAUGAUCAUUUCCAUCUAAUAAAACAUAGUCUCUAAGAUAAGACGAUAUCAAGAAAAACAAAAGCAAAUAAUUAGAAAAGAAAAACACCAAACAAUUAGCAAACACCAAUAACACCAGGCUAUACAAAACGGCAACAACAACAUAUUCGUAUAAGGGCUAAAAGAAGUUUUUUUUUACAACCUGGAUAAAAAUAAAAUCGAGAAAAAAAAAACGAAAUCCCACUCCAGCUAGAAGGAAAUGCAAGUAGAAGACUUCAACUAUUAAACAAACAAAAACGUCAAGCAGUCAUCUAUACAUUUAAAAGCAUUUUUCUUCAAACAAUUUUCUAAAGACUUUUUCUAAAACUUCUUUCGUCUAUUGCCACUUCCACCAAUUAACAAAAUUGUUUCCCUCAUUAAGAAGUAAAAGACGCGAAAUCAUUGACACCAUUUGACUUUGUUUCCUGCUUCAGUUGUUGUUUGGUAAUUUUAUUUUUCCAAUAUAUUAAAUAAAAUUCAUUCAACGUGUGGCGUUUAAGCAGCGUUAGCAGCUUCAAAUCUAGUUAGCAUGGAGUGCUGUUUAUCAGAAGAGGCCAAGGAACAGAAGCGUAUCAAUCAAGAAAUCGAGCGACAAUUACGUCGUGAUAAGAGAGAUGCGCGAAGGGAGUUGAAAUUAUUACUAUUGGGUACUGGUGAAUCCGGCAAAUCCACAUUUAUUAAACAGAUGCGUAUUAUUCAUGGCAGCGGUUACUCCGAUGAUGAUAAACGUGGCUAUAUUAAAUUAGUGUUUCAAAAUAUAUUCAUGGCUAUGCAGUCCAUGAUAAAAGCAAUGGAUAUGUUAAGAAUUUCAUAUGGCGCAGCUGAUCAUGCGGAACUUGCUGAACUUGUUAUGAGCAUUGAUUAUGAAACAGUCACUUCAUUUGAAGACCCAUAUUUGUCAGCCAUAAAAACGCUAUGGGCCGAUACUGGCAUACAAGAAUGUUACGAUCGACGAAGAGAAUAUCAAUUAACAGAUUCAGCUAAAUAUUAUCUUAUGGAUCUUGAUCGUGUGGCCCAACCUGAUUAUUUACCAAGUGUACAGGAUAUUUUACGUGUUCGUGUACCGACAACGGGGAUUAUUGAAUAUCCUUUUGAUUUAGAAGAAAUACGAUUUAGAAUGGUAGAUGUCGGUGGCCAGCGUUCAGAAAGAAGAAAAUGGAUUCAUUGUUUUGAAAAUGUAACAUCAAUCAUAUUUUUAGUGGCCCUAUCGGAAUAUGAUCAAAUUUUAUUCGAAUCUGAUAAUGAGAAUCGUAUGGAAGAAUCAAAAGCUUUAUUUAGAACUAUUAUUACGUAUCCCUGGUUCCAGAAUUCAUCGGUAAUUCUUUUCUUAAAUAAGAAAGACUUGUUAGAAGAAAAAAUUAUGUAUUCGCAUUUGGUAGAUUAUUUUCCUGAAUAUGAUGGCCCCCAAAGAGAUGCCAUUGCCGCCCGUGAAUUUAUUCUACGUAUGUUUGUGGAUUUAAAUCCAGAUUCUGAGAAAAUAAUUUAUUCUCAUUUUACAUGUGCUACAGAUACGGAAAAUAUAAGAUUUGUGUUUGCAGCUGUUAAGGAUACGAUUCUCCAAUCAAAUCUAAAGGAAUAUAAUUUGGUCUAAACAGGUUUUAGGCAACAAAAGAACUAAUUUUGUGAUUUUAUUAAUUAUGAAUGAAUUCCUUCUUUUUUCCACUAAAAAAAAGAAAAUAAGUCAAAAGAAAUUUAUUAAGAAAAUAAUACAAAUAUUUAAUACAAAAUUUCUUAAACAAAAUACAUCAAAACCGAAAAAAUAUUGAAUAUGAUAAAGGAAAAAAUGAAAAAAAAUAUACUAAUUUAAUAAUUAAUAAAGAAAUAAAAAACCAACCAUUUUAUAACGCUAAUUAUAACAAACAAACAAAAAAUUAUAUACUUUAUAACAAAUUAUAUAAAAAAAAGAAAAAUAAAAAAAUAUUUAAAUAAAAAAAACAAAUAAUAAUUAAAGUGUAAAAACAAAAACUAUUUAGGGGUUAAAAAAAACAUAAAAUACAAAAAAUAACAUCUUACGAAAAAGAGAAAUAAAAAGCCCCUGAAGACAAUUUUUUUUUAUAAAACCACAUUUUUAUGAAGAUCUUUAUUGGUGGUACUACUAUGACUAAUUAUAAUUUAUAUAAUUAUAAUAAAUAUAUAUUUAUAUAUAAAAAUUUAAUUAAAAAAAAAAGAAAACGGAAACAAAACACGCAUACACACACAUACACAAAUCAACAUUUAUUUGUAAAUGUAUAACUAAUUUAAUAAUAAAAAAAAAACAAAUAAUUAAAUUUAAAGAAAUAUGAAACGUGAAAAGAAAACGCAUAAAACCCUACCACAUACAUUUAAUGUAAAAUUGAAUUAAAAAAACAACAAACAAAAAAUAUUUAAUUGAAAUGAACUAUAAAACAAUACCCCCCUCCCUUUCAUACAACCAAAUUACAACAACAAAAUUUAAAAUAAUAAAAACACCUUAUUUGAUUAAAAUAAUAAAAAAAUAAAAGUAUAUAAUGAAAAAAAAAACAACUAUCUCCCUUAUUCAUAAGUUUAAACUAAAUAAAAUACAUAACUUACUGCGUUAAAAACAAACACCUCACAAAAAACGCAGCAUUACAAAUCGCUGCCUUUUUUGUGCAUGUGUUUUGUUAACGUAAUGAUAAAAUGUAAUGGAAAAAUUUUAUAAUAUUACCUACCCAUAAUAUAAAUAAUUAAAUAACCAGUAGAGAAACGUUUAUAUUUACUUUACUCUUAAAUAAAUUCUAAUUGAUAGGGAAUAUCAAUAUUACUAUAUUUUGUGGCGGCUUGAAACUAUUCCUUUUAAAUCAUUAAAAUCUCCAAAAUUAUUCCCAGUUGGCAAAUAAUAUUUUUGAUAAUAGGGAAAAAUUACAAAAAACAUACUUUUAAAUUAAUGGUUUCAAUUGUCACGCAAUAUAAAAACAAAAUUUCUUUAAACAUUUUAAAUAAAAAAAAUUCAAAUAAAUAACUAUAAAGUAGCAACUAAUUGAACGAGCAUAUACAUAAAUGAAGCACUUAAAGAGUUAUUCAAACUUAACAUAAGCACUUACAUACAUAUAAUAACUGUGUAUGCAUAAUUUCUUUACAUUUACUUUCAUUCUAAAAAGUAAACAUAAUUUUAAAAUAAUCUAAAUACUCUUUUUGAGGUCUUUAAAGUAACAAACUGUUUUGGAAUCUUUUAAUAGAAAUCUAUAAAGUUAAAUUCAAAGUCUCAUCACACUUGAUUUACAAAAUUUAGAUUAUUUAGUAUAAAAAGCUUUAUUUAGAUCAUUUUAUAAUAAAUUCAUAUAAAAAUAGUUUAAAUUUUUCAAUUUUAGUUAUUAAUUAUUUGCUCAAUAAUUUUUUUUUUUUAAAUAUAUUUCUUUAAUUUUCCAUUUUAUGCAGACAGUUGUUGAUAUAUUGUCCAUUUUUAAUAAAUUUAUGACACAAAAUUCCAGUAUAAACAUUUUUUCUAAAUAAUUUUCACAAUUUAAAUAAAAAUUUUUAAUUUUUUUUUUCAUAUUUUGUAGUUUCAUUAAUUUUUAGGUUAUAGAUUUUAAAAUUUGAUAGUAAAUUGGUAUUAGUUUACACAAAUUUUCAAAAUAUUAAGUAUAGAUUGAAAGAAAGUAAAAUAUAUUAAAAAAAUAUAUAUAAUUUCACUUAAAUGACAGACAAAAUUAUCUAAUUAUCCCUUGAGAGGAUAAAUUUUAAGUAUUUUUAACUUAAAAACAACAAAUUUAAUUAUCACAAUUAUUUUAAAAAACCUUCCUGCUUUUAUCUAAUGGAAUAAUUAUUUUAUAGUCUUAGUCUCAUUUCUCAAUAUCAGGUUAACAUUUUUCGUAACGAUAUACUUCCAAUUAAUAUAAAUUUUGUAUGAGAACUGUCAGUAUAUCAUCACGAUAAAAAAUAACCAGAGAUUGAGAAAAUGGGACUUCUUGAUAUAAAACUAUGAACGUUUUCUUUGGCAAAAGGUGGUUUUUAUGGCAGCAUAUUUUUUUACUUCAAACAUAUAAUUUUUGUGAAAACUAGGAAUGUGCUAUUAAUCGAACUAUAACACAUUCUGAUUAAUCAAUUAAUUAACAUUUCUGAUUAACAAAAACUAUUUCAAAUUUUAAUAUUUUUGUUUAAAAAUAUUAAAAAAUAUAUACAUACAUAUAUAUAAUAAAAUAAACAUAAAGAAAAGCAAAAAUUACAUAAAAUUCAAAUUUAAUAUAUUUUAAAUUAUUCUAAUUUCUGACUAGUCAAUUAUUCAGGAACUUUGAAUAAUUAAAAUUAAGUUAAUUCAACUAAUCAUGGACUUUGAAUAAUAAAAAGAAUGAAUAAUCUUACUUUUGAUUAUUCAAAGUUCAUGAGUAUGAAUAAUCAAAUGUUCAAUUAAUCGAAUAAUUGAUUAAUCAGAAAUUGGUUAAUAUAAUUAACUGAUUAAACAAGACGAACAUUUGAUAAUUCAAAAUUAUGUUUAUUAGAUCUUUUUGUAAAAAAAAAAUAGUAAACAUUAGCCCAUGCUUUUUUUAAAAUAAUUUAGAAAUAAUUAAGAAAGUAAUCUGACAGAUCUACGCAUCACCUAUAUCUCAUAACUAAUAUGGUAUUUAGCAGAUACAUUUUGAAAAUCUAAUUAAAGUUUUAUUAAAUUAAAAUAUACACUUUAAUUGCGAAACAUUUUUUUACACAUUUUUUUAAAAUUUUAAAACAUUUACUUUAACAAAGUUUUGUUAAUCAGAUAAUACAUUAGAUUUUUUAAGAAUUUUAAAUAAUUUUCAAUUUAAUAUUCCUAAACUUAAGCUUUUUUUAAAUUUUAUAAUUGGUUGCUUAGAAAAAUAGUAACGUUUAACUUGUGCAUGCUAAUUAUUGCUACUUUAUAUUUUGUUUGAAUGAAACUAGUGAAUUUAAUAUUUUUAUAUAUAUUUUUUUUUUUGAAUACUCUACUGGUUUAUUAAAAAAAAUAACAAUUUCUUCUCGAUCUUAAAAAUAAAUUGUUAAGCUACUUUCAGAUUGAUCAAAUAUUUGAAAAAAUAAGCGUGAAUAUUAUAUAUAUUUUAACUUCUUUUUAAACAAAUGUUUAUUUAUUUAAACAAGUUCUUAAAAUAAAUAACAAUAUAAACAUAUUUUAUUAUAUUUUAAAUGUUGUUUGCUGCUACCAAACUUUUGUAAGAUCGAAUCACCACUAAUAACGGUUAGGCGCCUUAUUUCGACAGCUAUUUGUGCAAUCUGAAUGUAUCCUUAGUUAAUAAAAAAAAUUAAAAAACAUUAUGAAAAAAACUAUUGUAAAAUGCUUUUUAUUUUUUCCUUAAUUUAUAUUACACCAGAAAAAGAAAAUAUUUAAAGAACAAAUUUUUAUUUUUUUCGUUUUGUUUUCUUUUUUUGUAAAUGUUUAAUAAUAAUUAACUCUUGAUAUACAAUACAUAUAUUUAAAAAAAAACGUAAUAAUACAUAAUUAUACAAAUUUUUAUUGUCUCAUUUAAUUGUGUUUAUUUCUAUUUCUAUUAUUAUAAUUAUAAUUUUUGUUUCCAUUUAUUUUAAAAAUGUUUAAAAACAAAAGCUAUUUUUUAAAUUGUGUCAUAUUUUUUUAAUGCUUUUUUUAAAUUUAUAAAUAUGAAAGAAAAAAUAAAUGAAAAUAUAUAUGCGCACAUUCAUACAACAACAACAACAAAAAAAAUGAUUAAUAAAGUGGAAAAAAUAUUGAAAAAAAAUAAAGAAAAA